AUGUACUCCAUUCGGCACUUUCUUCUCGCAGUCUUGACUGCCUUGUCCUACUCUGCCCUUGUCGAGUCGGCAGCCCUAUCUGCGGGACAUCAAAUGGCACGUCAAAAGGCAUUCGCCAACCUGGCCAUCCACGCCGCGCGUACCGACUUGGGGGCUGAUCAUUCUCCUCAGCAGUCGGGCGGGAAUCAACUCAGUACCGCCGCACGAUGGGCUCUGGUUAGUGAAUUGAGGGAUCAGAUCGAUGAGAUCAAGAGUGUCAAGCAACAAGAACACGGCAUAUUGUCUCAUGCCGACCGUUGGAACCUCCCCCUGUUCAAGCGUCUUCACAACUGCAUCCUCGCUUCCCUCUCCGAGACUGAAGACUACACCGGUAUACUGCUCUUUGGCAAGAGUGAGAGAGAUCUGCUCCAGCAGAGCAAGGGGUUCUCGGCGUGUGACGAGGAAGAGCUCGACAUCUUUGUGGCGGUGGGCACGCCCUUUUCGGGCUUGAUCGACGGUACCGCUUCCGAGCCGUGGGUCGAAUCGGCCAUGGACCCCAACGGAGACCUAGAAAAUAGGUCGCUUUACGUCUCGAGUAUCGGUCAGGCCGCCGACCUCUACGAUAGGUUUCCCUCGUUGAUCAAGCUCGUGCUUGCGUCCGAAGCCGACGUCCGAUCGUGCGUCCACUUUGGUGACCCAGAGCACGCGGUCCUGCUCGAAGACGAGGACGUCGCGUUGGGCGCCCGCGUCCUUGGAUAUCAAUUCGAUAGCAGGACCAGCACUCGUACGGUGAGGAUCAGCAAGGCAGAACUCGAACCCCGGGGGAUCGACGUCCUCGCUCGACAAUGGGAGACCGAGUAUCAAGUUCAGCCCUACGGCUUCCAGUCCCUCGAUCCUAGGUCCUCCUCAAAGACGGACGCGGAUGUCAUCAACGCUCGAGACGCGUGCGUGCGUCGGGGUUCGGAUGAUAAUCAAGGUAUUCCCAUGUGGAAACUGUACGAAUGGCUCCCCCUCGAUGGCAAAGUCGCCAGCCCCAAGGCGAGUCGGAAAUCGACCGAACAGGCCCACGAUGCUUCCGAGCUGAUCGUCGACCGAACCCACGAUACCACGUCUCGACUGCCGACGACAGAUCUCAGCAGCUCUGGUGACCGGGACCGAAACCUCUCUGAGCUAAGCGAGAUUAAAUCGGAGUCGGGCGACUUGAUCGUCGUUAGUAACCUCGAAAUCCCGAGCGAUCUCGACGACUUUGGGAAAACCGUGCCGGGAAGGGGAGAAGGUCGGGGAGAAGAAGCUUUACUUGUCUCGAACUCGAUCGCCGGCGAGAACAAGGACGGACUUCAUGCUCUGAUCGAGACGGGAUGGGACUUUAUGGCACAGGCCAUCUCUGGGCUCUAA